AUGGCAUCUUUCAACCUCACCCCAUCUGAUGCUCCAACAUUCAUCCUAAUGGGUAUCCCUGGCCUGAAAACUGCCCAUGUCCUGAUUUCCAUCCCUUUCUCUAUGUUCUACAUUAUCGUCUUGUUGGGAAAUUUCAUGGUUCUGUUUGUUGUAGGCAAAGAGCAGACUCUGCACAAGCCGAUGUACCUGCUGAUCUGCAUGUUGGCGCUCACAGACAUCGGCACAUCUACUUCCAUCGUCCCUAAAGCACUGUUUAUAUUGUGGCUCAAUUUGAAAGGCAUUGCUGUGGCUGGUUGCCUCACCCAGAUGUUCUUCCUUCAUGCGGUUUCCAUUAUGCACUCAGGUGUCCUCGUGAUAAUGGCCUUUGAUCGCUACAUUGCCAUAUGUAACCCUCUGAGUUAUGCCACCAUCGUCACCAAUGCACGAAUAGCUAAGCUAGGGAUCAUGGGUUUGAUAAGGGCUGUUCUCUUCAUUCUACCUGCACCUCUGCUCCUCAGCAGGCAACCGUUCUGUGCAAACCAUAUUAUCCCCCAUACAUACUGCGAGUACAUGCUUGUGGAGAAGAUGUCACGUGGGAACAUCACAGUCAAGGGGACAUACAACUUAAUGAUUGUAUUUGUAGUCACUGGGUUAGAUCUGACGCUCAUUUCUCUGUCCUACGGUCUGAUCAUCAGGGCCAUCUUCAGAAUCUCCUCCAAGAAAUCCCACCAGAAAGCCCUCAACACCUGCACACCCCACAUAUGUGUGAUUCUGAUAUCUUAUACUCCCUCUAUCUUCUCUAACUUGACACAUCAGUUCAGUCUGGGCUUCCCUCCCCAUGUUCACAUCAUCUUGGCCAACCUCUAUUUCCUCGUCCCCUCCAUGCUCAACCCUGUCAUUUAUGGGCUCAAAACCAAAGAGCUUCGUGACAAAGUGGUUAAAUACAUCUAG